CAUAAGAACAAGAUAGUCGUAGUCUUCAUUCCUCACAUCGGUUCUCGUCCCAAAAUCCACACGCUAAGAAGUAAGAAUGGCAUCUCCAGCAACGAGGAUCACAUUUCGACUAGUGGUGGCGGUUCUCGUCAUUAUGAUCCUCUUCUACGUUGGUCGUCCUCUCUAUUGGAAAAUCUCCGCCACCAUUCAAGAGAUCCGCGAGAAUAAACGCACCGUCCAACAAGGCAUUUCACAGAUUGUUUACGAAGCGCAGAAAUCGGUCGGUUGGUUCCACGACGAGUCCGAUUCUGGAGUUCGUGAAGAUCGGAAAGCGAUAAAUCGGAGGCUACUCUUUUAAGAUUAGAUGUUAUUUGGAAUUUCUGAGCCAUGGUAUAUAAGCCAACCAUUUUCUAGGAAGAAAUUUCUUCGCUGUUACAAAAGAUCUACACUCGGUAGCCAAAGAUUAGUCAUGAUCAUAGUUCCAUAUUCUUAUGGGUUCUGAACUGAUUAAGUUAUCCCAGAAAAAAUGCCAGGGUGAUGGGGUGGUAUCAUGAGAUAGUUAAGACUUGCACACGUUGGUUUUCUUUUACUAAUCAUGUUGCUGAUUAGUGCAAUUGCUGUUAUUUUCUA